CUGUCCUACUCUGCUCAGCAGACGCGACACACGCAAUGGAACAGAGCUCAUCCCGGGUGGUGGAGUCAGUUUGAACUAGGACUUCAGACAGUUAAACUGUGGAUGCUGCAGCACAGGAAAUGCCUUGUGGACUGUUGUUGGCCAUUUAGUGAUCUGACUUCUCUGGGGAUCUCUUGUUUAUCUGAGAGAGUGGUGAAAAGUCCGCGGAAUAACUGAAGCUACAGGACAUCUACAGCGCGCCGGGAUGCUCGGGUUAAGUCAUUUCACUUUGACAACAGCGGCAGUUGUUGUGCUGCUGACGUGCGUGUUGUCCUUCAAUGUGGACCAGAAAAAUGGUUUGUCGUUCAGCGGUCCAGUGGAGGACAUGUUUGGCUACACUAUCCAGCAGUUUGAGAACAGCGAGGGGAAAUGGGUUCUGAUUGGAUCGCCGCUGUCGGGCCAGCCAGCCAAACGGACAGGAGAUGUAUACAAGUGUCCUGUUGGGAAGGGAGACAACACGUGUGUCAAGCUGGAGCUGCCUAAAAACACAACAGUUCCCAACUUACAUGAAGUCAAGGAGAACAUGACCAUGGGAACCACGCUGGUGACCAAUCCCAACGGAGGAUUUCUGGCCUGUGGUCCUCAGUAUGGCUACAUGUGUGGGCAGCAGCAGUACAUCUCGGGAGUUUGUGCGAAUGUCAGCGAUUCCUUCCAGAUCCUCAACUCAGUGGCACCGGCCGUGCAAGAGUGUGGGCAGGAGCUGGACAUUGUGAUGGUUCUGGAUGGAUCGAACAGCAUCUACCCCUGGUCCAGUAUCAUCGAUUUCCUGCAACGUCUCAUUCAGAAAAUUAUGAUCGGACCUAAACUCUCACAGGUGGGGAUAGUGUCCUAUGGUGAGACUGUGACUCACCGUGUCAACUUGAGCCAGUUCAACAACACUGAUGCUCUGCUGGAUUUCGUCAAAGAACUUCCUCAGCAGACGGGCUUUAAGACCAUGACUUUCCUGGGCAUUGAUACUGCCAGGAAGGAGGCCUUCAUGCCGGAGCGUGGCGCACGACGUGGGGUGAAGAAAGUCAUGGUGAUUGUGACUGACGGAGAGUCACAUGACUUCCAUAAUCUGGACAAGGUCAUCAAAGAGUGUGAAGAUGAUGGCAUCGAGAGGUUUGGCAUUGCUGUUUUGGGAGACUACAAUCGUCAGAACAAAAGUUCAGAAGAAGUGCAGAAGUUCAUCAAGGAGAUCGAGUCCAUCUCCAGUCAGCCGUUACAUGACCACUUCUUCAACGUGUCUGAUGAGGUGGCGUUGUUGAGCAUUGUGGAUGCUUUGGGAAGCAAGAUUUUUGCCUUGGAAGCUACAACCGGCAAUUUCACCUCCUCCUUCGAGAUGGAGAUGUCCCAAGCUGGGUUUAGCGCACAUACUUCUAAAGAAGGUGUGUUACUGGGAGCAGUGGGAGCAUAUGACUGGAAUGGGACAGUAGUAAUGCACACUGCUGGAGGAACAAUCAUUCCAGGGAAGACCCAGUUCUACAACCCAGAGACUGAGGCUGGGUACGAAGGACUUGCUGGGUACCUUGGCUAUGAUGUUCAGUCAGCAUCCACCCCUGAGGGAGUGCUGUACAUCACAGGUGCACCGCGGUACAACCACACAGGCCGGGUUGUCAUCUAUCGUCUUGACAAAAACAACAGCAUUGUCGUCUCACAGAUACUGAAAGGAGAACAGAUUGGCUCCUACUUCGGCAGCGUGCUGCAGACUGUCGACGUGGAUGGAGACUCCAACACAGAUCUCCUCUUGGUUGGAGCUCCAAUGUACAUGGGCACGGAUAGAGACGAGCAAGGGCAAGUCUACGUCUACAAGCUCAACCAGGACGGCCAGUUUAAGCACGAGUUCACUUUAAAGCCUCUCAAUCAGUCCUGCUGUACUGCCCACACAGCCACCUGCACUAAUAAAAAUGAACCAUGUGGUGCCCGGUUUGGUACGGCCAUUGCAGCUGUAUCAGAUCUCAACCUUGACGGGUUUAAUGACGUGGCGAUUGGUGCGCCUUUUGAGAACGACCACCGAGGGGCCGUCUACAUCUAUCAUGGAGAUAAGACGUCGCUGAAGGAGAAGUUUGUACAGCGUAUCCCUGCAGGUGGGGACGGUGAAAAGGUGAAAUUCUUUGGUCAAUCUAUACAUGGAGCCAUGGAUCUAAACGGAGAUGGAAUCAUUGAUGUUGCCAUAGGAGGUCUGGGAGGGGCGUCACUAUUCUGGUCCAGAGAUGUCGCAGAGCUCCGUGCCAACAUGACUUUUGACCCCGUUAAAAUCAACCUGCAGCAGGCUCAGUAUCAGUGUGAACACAGCGGACGCAAAUCUGUAUGUGUGAAAACUGAGGUGUGUUUUGCCUACCGUGUCAAAUCUGACCAGCAGGAUGUAGAUGCGGAUGCAGAAAUCCGCUACAGUCUGACUCUGGAUGCUCUGCGUGCCAAAGCCAGGGCCUCAUUCAUUGGUUCGGUUGAUAAAAGUGAUCGUAAGAUUACCAGGAUCUUCAACAUCAAAGACAGAGAGAGAAAAUGUGUGGAAGAAACCUUCAUGAUGUCGGCCCGGCUGGACUUCCGUGACCCCCUCAUGGUGUCUUUGGAAUUUGAAAAAGCUGAUGAGGACAAAGGCCCCGUCCUGGAUGAAAGCCUUCCCAGAUCCAUCAAUAAGACAAUUCCCUUAGUUGACUGUGGAAGUGAUGAGAAGUGCAUUGCUGACCUCUCUCUCAAAGCAGAGCCAAGUGUCACACAAAUGGUGAUCAAAACAAACAAAGACAAGCUUGACGUGAACAUCAACAUCAGAAACAGCAAAGACAAUGCAUACAACACUAAAGUUGCCCUCAGCUUCACACCGAACAUCAAUUAUGUUAAAGUAGAGCCAGAGAUGGCAUGCACCCUGAAUAACACAAAAGUGGAGUGUGCUGUUGGAUACCCCUUCUUGGGAAGCAAUGUAGAGGAAGAUUUCAAAGUGAAAUUUCAGGUAAAUCCCAACCAUGUCCAGGAGGUUAUUCAGAUCAACGUGACAGCUACAAGUGACAGUGAAGAGCUGGAGUCAACCCUGCAUGACAACAGCGUGCUAAUCUCCAUCCCUGUGAAGUAUGAAGCUGGACUCAUAUUCUCAGUGCGCCCUGUGGAUGAACACAUUGUUGUAAAAGAGGGUGAACAGUAUGCCAGUGCAUUCAAUGACACCAAGAUAAUUGGAGAGGAGGUCAACAUCAGCUACACGGUGGAGAAGUCAGGUAAUAUAGUGACUCCACCCCUUGACCUUACAGUGAUGUAUCCUCACCUGUCGCCUCGGCAGAACAACUUACUGUACCUGACAAAAGUCACCACCAGCCCACAGGUGAAAUGUGAUGCAGAACGUUGGAUCAACCCUCUUAAUAUUAACCCGAUAGUUGUACAUCCCAAUCCAAAGAAAGAAACUCUCAGUGUCUUCUUGCUGAACUGUGGAAACCUCUACUGUGCAUCCUUUACCUGCUCCAUCCCCGAGGCUGCAGUCAGUCAGGUCAACGUUACAUUCAGAGUGUGGAAACCUACGUUCAUCAAGGGUGAGUUUACCACUCUGUACAUGCUGGUAAAUGCCACGCUGGGGAUCAGAAACACAGACCUGUUUCAGCUGAGCAGCAGUGACAGGACCAGAAGCGUGAAGAUCCAGGUGUCUAAAGAGACGUUAGGAGGAAUCCCCAUUUGGAUCAUCAUCAUCAGCAUCCUGAUAGGGCUGCUGAUCUUAGCACUUGUCAUCUUCGCCCUCUGGAAGAUGGGCUUCUUCAAGAGAAAAUCCAGGGACUACUCAAAGGAGGACAUGAUGGACUGAGGUAUUAAAAUACCCAGCAGCAAGCAGCUCUGUGACUGACUGCUUCCAGAGCCAUCAGGUCGCACAAAGUGACAGGCAUACUUUUAAACAGACAGUCGGACAGACGGAGGAGACGCCAAAAGACCCACAGACACCUCGGGGCUACGACACAGAAACGACCUGGAAAACACAUUCACUGCUUCUUGUGCAGGCCUGGGUCAAAUACUGUUUGCAAAUACUACCCAACCUUUGUCCUUUAAUGCUUUGAACACAAGGUUACAACGCUGGGGCUAUUCAGAUGGACUCAUCCACAGAGAGUGCUUAAACAGACGCUUUCUUUUAAUCAUAUUUAGUCCUUGGCACUCACUGUGUUUGAAGUGUUUGCAAAUAGCAUUUGUUCUGGAUCAGCUUCUUUCUUGCAGAUAUACAAUGUACAUCAAGUCAGGUCAAGCAGUUCAAGAAGAGGAACCAGGAAGGAAAAAGACAUCAUUUACCAGGCAUCUGCUGGCUAAGUAGCAUAUAUCUGUGUUACAUGUGGCAGUUUUACAAAAUCACAAGAGCUACAAUAGCUGCACUCCAGCUUUAGAGGAAAAAAGUACUCAGGUUUUUCUGUAUGAAGAUCAAACGUCGCCUAAGCCACCUCACAUACUUCCUAUGCCAUUACAGCAACAAUGUCCAAAGGUCCACCACUUCUGAGACGUACAAUAUGUGAACUUUACGUGUGUUGGAGCAGCCUGUCUGACAGCUUAGACUCUUGUUUUACAGCUUAUGUGCUUGAUUAUUUUAAUGAGACACUGUACCUUUUUAGCAUUUUAUAGCUUUUUAUUUGGUAUUUUUUCUGAGUUUUAACAGUAUAACGUGGCACAUCCUUAACUUCAAAAUGUUGGCUUAACACACUGACCUGAACACACGAUUAGUUUUAAACAAAGUGCAGGCUGUAUAUUUUUAUUUUUUUACACUUAUAAUCUUAGUUAACAAUUAAAAAAAAAAAAAUCUUCUCCUGACUCCGACGUAAAAUGUUUGUAAUUAGUGUCACCAUGGUUACUGAGAGAUACAGAGAUGCGCCUCUUAAAUCCAAAACUUUGAUUGUACUGUAAAUAUACGUAAAUGCUCAAAAAUGUAAAGCUUAAAAAUGUACAUAAUUGUGUUUGCUAUAAUUCAUGUAAUUUAAGAGAUGUUAUCCGUUGUUGUUUUUUUGUGAUCAUUGGUCAGAGAAGAUGACUUUGCUCAGGUGCUAUCAUGAAUGAUGACAUUAACAUUUGAUGUGUAAGAAAAUUAUCUGGCCUAUCUCACAAUUUUCGACGCUGAUGCAAAUAUGUAAAUAUUGUUAUAUUUUGAUGAAAAACUGAAAGUAUAAUUAUUCUGUACUGAAAAUGUACACGAAGAUGA